AUGGGGAUGAAAAAGGAUUUACUUCUUGUUCUUACAAUUGAAUGUGUCGUUUUUGGGGUUGUGCUUGGUUUCGUUGUUCGACCAUUCAAUCCCAGCCAAGACACAGUCAGUUUGAUCGGUUUUCCCGGAGAGAUCUUCCUGCAACUCGUUGAAAUGAUGAUUCUUCCAUUGAUUAUCUCUUCCGUCAUUUCUGCUCUCGCUCAAGUUCGACCAAAAGAUGCGCGUCGGAUUGGCUGUGUGACAGUUGUUUAUUAUAUGAUCACCACCUUCCUGUCCACGUUUACAGGAAUAAUCUUGGUAUCGUCAAUUCAUCCAGGAGACCCGGCAUUGAUUCAUUCAUUGGGUGAGGGCACUCUUGAACAUACCCCACUCUCCACUUUGGAUGCUUUCUUGGAUCAGAUCAGAAAUAUGUUUCCUGAGAACAUCGUCCAGGCCACUUUCCAACAACGACAAACAGAAUACAUCGCCAUCAAGCCGAAGUUGAUACGAAACGGUACAGGGAAUGCGACAGCUGGAGACAAGUUCAAGCCCGUGCUCACGUAUCAAAAUGAAAUGAAUGUUCUUGGCCUGGUUGUUUUCUGUACGGGAUUCGGGGUGAUUCUGUCGUUAUUGGGUGAACAGGCUCGUCUUAUGAUUGAUUUCUUUAUCGUUCUCGAUGCGAUCAUCAUGAAAUGGGUGUCAGCCUUGAUGUGGUGUUACCCUGUUGGUAUCUUGUCGCUCGUUUGUCAAAACAUUGUCAAAGUCGAGAACCUUUCCGAGACAGCUCAAGCUCUCGCCAUGUAUGUUGUGACGGUAAUUUGUGGUCUCAUGAUCCAUUCACUUCUCACUUUACCCCUUCUUUAUUUCGUGGUCACUCGGAAAAGUCCAUUCAAUUUCAUGACUGGAAUGCUUCAAGCACUGGCUACGGCUUUUGGAACAGCUUCCAGCGGAGCAACUUUACCGGUGACAUUCCGAGCAUUAGAAGAAAAUUUGAAAAUCGAUCGACGAGUCACGCGUUUUGUGUUACCUCUUGGGGCCACUAUCACAAUGGAUGGAACGGCUCUAUACGAGGCUGUGGCUGUGAUCUUUAUCGCUCAACUGCAUAAUAUCAAACUGACAAUGUUCGAUCUGCUCACAAUUAGUAUCACCACAACAGUCGCUUCAAUCGGAUCGGGAUCCGUGCCAGCCGGUCUUGACACAAUUUAUGUUGUGCUGAACACUGUGGGCCUUCCAGCAAAAGAUCUCAGUCUUUUAUUGACUGUUGAUUGGUUGCUGGAUCGAAUCCGAACUUCAGUCAAUGUUUUGGGUGAUGGCUUUGGGGCGGGGAUCAUCAAUCAUUUGUGCAAACACACAUUAGUCGAAGCGGACACCGAUGAUUUGAUACGACAAAUAAGGGAUGAUAUUAGAGUCCUUAAUGAUGUGCCGAAAAGUCCAUUGAGAGCGAUGGUUCAAUCAACUGCCACUCCUCUUGCAAUUCCAUUACAUAACUUCUAUGAUGUCGAGGAGGCCCGAGAACUGCAACCGAGACGAGUUGGUGGAAAUCUGCGGCCAUCAACGGGCUCAUCAAAUGAUGAGGAAAGACGAUCACUCACAAAUCCCCUCGAGUUCACCGUC